CUUUUUUUCUGAACCAUGUCACGUAAACAUAAUAGCAAAACCUUCUGUUAUCCAAGCCAAUAUAUAUUUUCUAUAGAUUUCAGCAAGACCCACCAAUGGAUAAUAGACAUACAAGACCCCACUGUUGACAUUAUAUGUUUACAGUCAUUGAGGCAACUGUUGAAGACACCCACAGUCUAGAAUCUAUACAGGAGUCAGAGCCUCUCAUGAUACAACAUGCCAGUGUUGACUGUGCUGAUCAUAUGCAAUCUACAGGUUUCACUUUGGUUCUUUCAGAGUCCAUGUCAACUGCUGACAGUGAAGAGCCAGGCAGUCUGACCCAUGAUAGGAGGGAGCCAAGUGAAGAGCCAGCCAGUCUGACCCAUGAUAGGAGGGAGCCAAGUGAAGAGCCAGCCAGUCUGACCCAUGAGUCCAUGUCAACUGCUGACAGUGAAGAGCCAGGCAGUCUGACCCAUGAUAGGAGGGAGCCAAGUGAAGAGCCAGCCAGUCUGACCCAUGAUAGAAGGGAGCCAAGUGAAGAGCCAGCCAGUCUGACCCAUGAGUCCAUGUCAACUGCUGACAGUGAAGAGCCAGGCAGUGUGACCCAUGAUAGGAGGGAGCCAAGUGAAGAGCCAGCCAGUCUGAGCCAUGAUAGAAGGGAGCCAAAUCCUCAAGAGUCCAUGUCAACUGCUGACAGUGAAGAGCCAGGCAGUCUGACCCAUGAUAGGAGGGAGCCAAGUGAAGAGCCAGCCAGUCUGAGCCAUGAUAGGAGGAAGCCAAGUGAAGAGCCAGCCAGUCUGACCCAUGAGUCCAUGUCAACUGCUGACAGUGAAGAGCCAGGCAGUCUGACCCAUGAUAGGAGGGAGCCAAGUGAAGAGCCAGCCAGUCUGACCCAUGAUAGGAGGGAGCCAAGUGAAGAGCCAGCCAGUCUGACCCAUGAGUCCAUGUCAACUGCUGCCAGUGAAGGGCCAGCCAGUCUGACCCAUGAUGAAAUGAGGCAGCCAAAUCCUCAAGGGACAGGGACAAGAAAAGGAAUGAAACGAAAGUGGGCCAGCGAAGAGAACAUAUGUUUCAUGAACUUUUUUAGAGAUGAAUUAAGAGAAAAAAAAAUGCCAUCUGGCUCAAAAAUAAUGGGGUCCCUAAAAAUACUUACCGGAAGAACAGUGGCCCAGAUAAGGGCAAGGGUCCAUAACAUUAUUAUGGAAAAACAAAAAUGGAAAAAGAAUUGUUGAACUGUGGAAUAUGUUUAUGCCCCUGGUAGGGUGGCAUAUAGCAGUUGAACUGUCCGUCAGUCAGUCAGUCUGUCCAUCUGGCCGAAAACUUAUAUGGCCAUAACUUUUUCAAUAUUGAACAUAGCAACUUGAUAUUUAUACCCCUAUUACAAUUGGUAAUGGGGGCUAUAUAGGAGUCACGUUUGUCGGUCUGUCCCGAUAUUUCAUCCGAUCUUCACCAAACUUGGUCAGUAGUUGUAUGUAGAUAAUGUCUAGAUCAAGUUUGAAUAUGGGUCAUGCCAGGUCAAAAACUAGGUCAUGGGGUCACUUAGUAUGUUUUAAACUGUAAGUUUGUACGGACCAUAGCUAUGUUAUUUAUCGUUACAUUUUUAAAUGACUCGGUACAUUUGUUCACCAUCAUGGAACGGUGUGUCGCGUUAAAAGAAAUUACGUCAAUAUCUCAAAGGUCAAGGUCACACUUGGGAGUUCAAAGGUCAAAUGCUUGUCCGGGCCAUAGCUUUGUUUUUUAUUGUGAGAUUUUAAAAUCAUUUGGCACAUUUGUUCACCAUCAUUGAACAGUGUGUCGGGCGAAAGAAUUACGUCGAUAUUUCCAAGAACAAGGGCACAAUUUGAGUUUAAAGGUAAAAAAUGGCCAUAAUUGAGCUUGUCUGGGCAAUAACUAUGUUGUUUAUUGUGCGAUUUUAAAAUCGUUGGCUCUUUUGUUCACCAUCAUUUGACAGUGUGUCGCGCGAAAGAAUUACGUCGAUAUCUUCAAACUCAAAGUUGUAGUUUUAGUUCAAAGGUCAAAAAUGGCAAUAAAUUAUCUUGUCUGGGCCAUAAAUAUGUCAUUCAUUGUAAGAUUUUAAAAUGACUCUGUACAUCAAUUUUGUUCAAAGUCAUUGGAAGGCUUGUCAUGUGAAACAAUUCAAGAGUUCAAAGGUAAAAAUGGCUAUAAAUGAUAAUGGCAUAAUGAUUCUUAAAAAAUCGCCAUAAAUUGUAUUAUCUUGUUUUGUGAAGACAGCAUACAAAAUAGUCUGUGUCAAUGCGUUAUGUGGGGGUAUAUGUCACGUCUGUGACAAAGCUCCAGUUGGCAUGCAUGUGCAUCUUGUGAAGCUGCACAUAUUGAGUGGUGAAAAGUGAAGGUCAAGGUAAUCCUUCAAGGUUAAAUGUUAAAUAUAUUGCUUCUGUCCGUCCGUCUGAAAACUUUAAAAUUGGCCAUAACUUUUGAGCUCACCUGAGUGCAACAUGCUCAUGGUGAGCUUUUGUGAUUGCCUUUUGUCCGUUGUGCGUUGUAUGUCGUCAACAUUUUGCCUUGUGAACACUCUAGAUGCCACAUUUAUUGUCUGAUCUUCAUGAAAUUUUGCAGAACAUUUGUCACAUUGAUACCUCGACUGAGUUCGAAACUGGGUCAUGCUGGGUCAAAAAUUAGGUCACUAGGUCAAAAAAACAACAAAAAAACUUGUGAACACUGUAGAAGUCCAAUCUUCAUGUAACUUUGUCAAAAUGUUUGUCUAAAUGAUAUUUUGGUUUAGUUAAAAAUUGGUUCCGGUCCGUUGAAAAACAUGGCCGCCAGGGGCGGGGCAGUUUUCCUUAUAUGGCUAUAGAGAAACCUUGUGAACACUUUAGAAGUCAAAAUGUUUGCCUAAUCAUCAUGAAACUUGGUCAAAACAUUGGUUUUAUUUAUAUUUUGGACGAGUUUGAAAAUGGUCCAGAUCAGUGAAAAAACAUGGCCGCCAAGGGGCGGGGGAGUUUUCCUUAUGUCUUUAGUUAAACAUUGCUAACACUCUAGAGGCCACAUUUAUUGUCCAUUCUUCAUGAAAUUUGGUCAGAAGUUUGGUCUCAAUGAUAUCUUAGACGAGCUGAAAAUGGUUACGUUUGCUUGAAAAACAUGGCUGCCAAAGGGCGGGGCAUUUUUCCUUAUAUGGCUAUAUAUGGCUAUAGUAAAAUCUUGUUAACACUCUUGAGGCCACAUUUAUUUUCCGAUCUUCAUGAAACUUGGUCAGAAUAUUCAUCCCAAAAAAUAUCGUAGACAAGUUAAAAAAUGAUGCUGGUUGGUUGAAAAACAUGUCCGCCAGGGGGUGGGGCAUUUUACCUUAUAUGGCUAUAGUAAAACUUUGUUAACACUCUAUAGGCCACAUUUAUUUUCUUAUCUUCAUGAAACUUGGUCAGAAGAUUUGUCCUAAUGAUAUCUUGGAUUAGUUCAAAAAUAGUUUCGUUUGCUUAAAAAACAUGGCCACCAGGGGGCGGGGCAUUUUUCCUAAUAUGGUUAUGUAUCAUGCUUUACUAAAACAUUGUAAACACUCUGUAGGCCACAUUUAUUUUCCGAUUAUUAUGAAACUUGGUCAGAUGAUUUGUCCUAAUGAUAUCUUGGAUGAGUUCAAAAAUGGUUCUAGUUGGUGGAAAAACAUGGCCACUAAGGGGGCGUGGUAUUUUUCCUUAUAUGGCUAAAGUAAAACCCUGUUAAAACUCUAGAAGCCAUAUUUAUUGUACGAUCAUCAUGACACUUUGUCAGAAGAUUUGUCCCAAUGAUAUUUGGACAAGUUUGAAAUUGGUUCCAGUUGCUAAGAAAAACAUGGCCACCAGUGGGCGGGGCAUUUUUCCUUAUAUGGACUUAUGAAUCUUCUUGAAACUUUGUCAGUAUAUUAGUUUAAAUGAUAUCUUGGAUGUGUUUUUCACGUUGACAUUUGAAGCUUUAACUUUGUAUGAUUCUAAAUAUGUGUCAAUGCUGUCAGUUGAAUUUUGAAAUAUGAAGUUUUACAUUUUUUGUAGAUUAAAUAAUUUGUAAAAUGUUGCAGUUUCGUCAAUCAGUUUUAUAAGAUAUUGAGCUUUAAAUAUGAUGCAGAUUGUAAGAUUCUUAAUAUCUUUCAAUAUUGUGGAUAAGUUUUUGAGAUAUCAAGCUUUGAGUUUUAUGCAAAUUGUAUGAUUUUAAAAUGUUUUAAUGGUGUUGAUCAGUGUAAUGAAGAUUGCAUAAUUUUUAUGUUUUAAUUCUGUCUAUUGGUUUUCAAAAUGAAAGACUUUGAUUUUGUAAGUGCACUUUUAUCUCCUGAAAGAUUCUUUUCUAGUGUUUAGUUUAUAUUUUAAGGCUGUUUGCAAACUCGAAGUGAAAACAGUUCUAUUACAAUUUGGUAAGGACAUGACAUUGCAUAUCUGAUUUUAAAAUGUACUUUGCUGGCAACGUGUAAUUUUCUGAAAUGUCUUAGUAAGACUGUUGUUUGCAAUCAAAAGGUCUGUGCUUCAAAUACAGGGUAAUGCAUGUUUUUUGUCCAAAUUUAUGGCGAUUCAGACAUUGUUCUAUGUAAAUUUGGGGUUUGCUUGAAGGUUCAGUCUAUUUUUAUGUCCCUCACUAUAGUAGUGGGGGACAUAUUGUUUUUGUCCUGUCUGUUGGUUGGUUGGUUGAUCUGUUUACGCCAACUUUAACAUUUGCAAUAACUUUUGCAAUAUUGAAGAUAGCAACUUGAUAUUUGGCAUGCAUAUGUAUCUCAUAGAGCUGCACAUUUUAAUUUUCUGAAAGGUCAAGGUCAGAGGUCAAAUAUAUGUGGCCAAAAUCGCUCAUUUUAUGAAUACUUUUGCAAUAUUGAAGAUAGCAACUUCAUAUUUGGCAAGCAUGUGUAUCUCAUGGAGCUGCACAUUUUGAGUGGUGAAAGGUCAAGGUCAUAAUUCAAUGUCAUAGGUCGAAUAUAUGGCUUCAAAGCGGCGCAGUAAGGGGGAUUGUGUUUUACGAACACAGCUCUUGUUGUUAACUGCCUUUUUAGUCCCUUACCAGUGUUUCACUAAAGUCCGUGUACUUUGGACUCAUUUCAAGUUGACAUUUGAAGCUUUAACUUUGUAUGAUUCUAAAUAUGUGUCAAUGCUGUCGGUUGAAUUUUGAAAUAUGAAGUUUUUCAUUUUUUGUAGAUUAAAUAAUUUGUAAAAUGUUGCAGUUUAGUCAAUCAGUUUUAUAAGAUAUUGAGCUUUAGUUAUGAUGCAGAUUGUAAGAUUCUUAAUAUCUUUCAAUAUUGUGGAUAAGUUUUUGAGAUAUCAAGCUUUGAAUUUUAUGCAAAUUGUAUGAUUUAAAAUGUUUUAAUUUGUUGAUCAGUGUACUGAAGAUUGUAUACUUUUUAUAUGUUAUAAUUCUGUCUAUUGGUUUUCAAAAUGAAAGACUUUGAUUUUGUAAGUGCACUUUUAUCUCAUUAUGCCCCCCUUCGAAGAAGAGGGGGUAUAUUGCUUUGCUCAUGUCGGUCGGUCUGUCGGUAUGUCAGUUUGUCGGUCCGUCCACCAGGUGGUUGUCAGACGAUAACUCAAGAACGCUUGGGCCUAGGAUCAUGAAACUCCAUAGGUACAUUGAUCAUGACUCGCAGAUGACCCCUAUUGAUUUUGAGGUCAAAGGUCAAGGUCACGGUGACCCAAAAUAGUAAAAUGGUUUCCGGAUGAUAACUCAAAAAUUCAUACGCCUAGGAUCAUGAAACUUCAUGGCUAGAUUGAUCAUGACUUGCAGAUGACCCCUAUUGAUUUUGAGGUCACUAGGUCAAAGGUCAAGGUCACGGUGACCCGAAAUAGUAAAAUGGUUUUCAGAUGAUAACUCAAGAACGCAUAUGCCUAGGAUCAUGAAACUUCACAGGUAGAUUGAUCAUGACUCACAGAUGACCCUUAUUGAUUUUGAGGUCACAAGGUCAAGGUCACGGUGACCCGAAAUAGUAAAAUGAUUUUCGGAUGAUAACUCAAGAACGCUUUUGCCUAGGAUCAUGACACUUCAUAGGUACAUUGAUCGUGACUCACAGAUGACCCCUAUUGAUUUUCAGGUCACUAGGUCAAAGGUCAAGGUCACAGUGACAAAAAACGUAUUCACACAAUGGCUGCCACUACAACGGACAGCCCAUAUGGGGGGCAUGCUUGUUUUACAAACAGCCCUUGUUAAAGAUUCUUUUCUAGUGUUUAGUUUAUAUUUUAAGGCUGUUUGCAAACUCGAAGUGAAAACAGCUCUAGUACAAUUUGGUAAGGACAUGACAUUGCAUAUCUGAUUUAAAAAUGUACUUUGCUGGCAACGUGUAAUUUUCAGAAAUGUCUUAGUAAGUAAGACUGUUGUUUGCAAUCAAAAGGUCUGUGCUUCAAAUCCAGGAAAAUGCAUGUUUUUUGUCCAAAUUUAUGUCAAUUCAGACAUUGUUCUGUGUAAAUAUGGGGUUUGCUUGUAGGAUCAGUCUAUUUUUAUGUCCCCCACUAUAGUAGUGGGGGACAUGUUGUUUUUGCUCUGUCGGUCUGUUGAUUGGUUGGUUGGUCUGUUUAUGCCAACUUUAACAUUUUGCAAUAUUGAAAGUAGCAACUUGAUAUUUGGCAUGCAAAUGCAUCUCCUGAAGCUGCACAUUAUCAUUGGUGAAAGGUCAAGGUCAUCCUUCAAGGUCAGAGGUCAAAUAUAUGUGGCCAAAAUCGCUCAUUUUAUGAAUUCUUUUGCAAUAUUGAAGAUAGCAACUUGAUAUUUGCCAAGCAUGUGUAUCUCAUUGAGCUGCACAUUUUGAGUGGUGAAAGGUCAAGGUCAUCCUUCAAGGUCAGAGGUCAAAUAUAUGUGGCCCAAAUCGCUUAUUUUAUUAAUACUUUUGCAAUAUUGAAGAUAGCAACUUGAAAUUUGGCAUGCAUGUGUAUCUCAUGGAGCUGCAAAUUUUGAGUGUUGAAAGGUCAAAGUCAUCCUUCAAGGUCAGUUGUUAAAUAUAUGUGGCCCAAAUCGCUUAUUUUAUGAAUACGUUUGCACUAUUGAAGAUAGCAACUUGAUAUUUGGCAUGCAUAUGUAUCUCAUAGAGCUGCACAUUUUGAGUGGUGAAAGGUCAAGGUCAUCCUUCAAGGUCAAAUAUAUGGGUCAAAAUUGUUCAUGUUAUGUUACUUCUGCAAUAUUGAAGCUAGCAAUUUUAUAUUUGACAUGCAUGUGUAUCUCAUGGAGCUGCACAUUUUGAGUGGUGAAGGGUCAAGGUCAUCCUUCAAGGUCAAACGUUAUAUACGGGGCAUUGGGUUUCACAAACGCAUCUUGUUGUGUAUGUAAUUAAUUUUGCUUAAUUUUUGUGAUCCCCCGCCAACAGCGGAGGGAUAUUAAUUUGGCAUUGUCCGUCUUUCCGUCUGUCCGUCCGGCACUUUUGUGUCCGGAACCAUAUCUUGGAAGUGCUUUAGCAGAUUUCAUUGAAACUUGGUACGAGUAUAUAUAUAUGGAUAAGAGGAUGAUGCACGCCAAAUGGCAUUGUACAUCCUUGAUUAAUAGCGGAGUUAUGACCCUUUGUAUUUGAAAAAAAUGCUUUUUUUGUGUGUCCAGAGCCAUAACUUGUAUCCAGAAGUAUAAUGGCUGGGGAUAUCAAUUCAACGAAUUUGCUUGUUAAAUCAGUUUUUAUUUUCAUGAUAAUCAUUUAGUUCGUACUGCAACUUAUGAUGGAUUGUUACUACUAUCUCCAAUUAUUUGUUUGUCAUGGGUCCGUCACCAUUUAUCUCUUAUAUAAUACUUGAAUUGAGCAUUUCACAAUCUGACAAUCAUGCAUAUCAUUUAUUAGUUUCAUAAUAAAACGUCUGACAAGGGUCAGAUAAUUUUAA